AUGGAAUCCUCACGCAUAUUUGUGAAAGGACUGCCUCCCACAUUCACCGAGGCGGAGUUCCGAAAGCACUUCUCACAAGCCGAUCGUGAGGUGACGGAUGCAAAGAUCUUCCCGAAUAGAAGAAUCGGCUAUGUGGGUUACAAAACGCCCGAAGACGCUCAAAAGGCCGUGAAGUAUUUUAACAGGACUUUCGUCCGCAUGAGCCGUAUCGGAGUGGAACUGGCACGACCGAUCGAAGAGUCGAAGAGCGUCCGAGGCGGAGCACCAACAGCGCGACGCGAUGUGGUUGCUCAGGAAGCCGCCAACAACGAGAACAACCUCAAGCGCAAGCGAGAGAGCAACGUGCCGGAGAAAGAGAAGGACCCCAAGUUGCAGGAGUUCCUAGACGUGUACAAGCCGAAGAGCAAGAAGAAUGCAUGGGAGUCGGAGAAGUUGCCCGUGCCGGCCGUGGAAACGGAAAUGUCAGAGGCAAAGGAUGUGACCGUAGUGGCGGAUGCACCCAGCGACAACGAAUACGAGACUGUUCCGAAGAAGGCGAAAAAGAGCAAGCAGGAGCACGCCGUAACAGAAACCUCCGAUGGCGCACCCCAAGAAGAGGUCGCGCGCGUACCUGUACGAACCUCGAAGCCAGAUGACCAAGUUACGAACCCCGAAAUAUCCAUACCGACUCCACCCAUGGAUGACAAUGAAGCGCAGGAAGCGUCGGGCGAUGUAGAGAUCGAAGCCGUACGCUCGAGCAUGCGGCUGUUCGUACGAAAUCUUCCCUUCAACGUGCAGAAGGAAGACCUGCAGGCGGAGUUUGCUUCAUACGGCAACUUGGAAGAGGUGCACGUUCCUUUGGACCCGAAGACUGGCGCAGGGAAAGGAUUCGGCUAUAUCCAAUUCAGCAAUCCGGAUUCCGCUGAGCAGGCUUUUGUCGAUCGAGAUGGUCAGACAUUCCAGGGUCGGCUAUUACACGUCCUCCCUGGCUCGGCCAAGCGAGAGAACAAAUUGGACGACUUCGAAUUGUCAAAGCUUCCACUGAAGAAGCAGCAGCAGAUCAAGCGAAAGCGUGAGGCUGCAACCUCGACAUUCAAUUGGAACGCACUGUACAUGAACGCCGAUGCGGUGGUAUCUAGUGUCGCUGAUAAGCUAGGCUUGUCGAAGUCAGAGGUCCUGGACCCGACCAGCAGUGAUGCCGCCAUUAAGCAAGCUCACGCAGAAACCCACAUCAUCCAGGAGACAAAAUCUUUCUUCAAGCAGCAAGGUGUCGAUUUGGAUUCGUUCAAGCGAAGUCAGCGCGGAGACACGGCAAUACUUGUAAAGAAUAUUCCAUCUGACUGCAGUCGUGACGAGCUCAAGCGUUUGUUCGAGGAGCAAGGAGAUGUAAAGAAAUUCCUCAUGCCGCCUGCGGGAACUAUUGCCAUCGUGGAAUUCCUCAACGCGGCGCAAUGCAAGGCUGCGUUCGCCGCGCUUGCUUACCGAAAGGUGAAGAGUUCGGUACUCUUCCUCGAAAAGGCACCCAAGGAUGUCUUCGCUGGCAAACCCAUUGGCGAUGGCGUGUCACAGGCCCAGGAUGGAGUCAGCAAGGUAUCUACUUCGGACUUGAAGGAUCCUGAUCAGACAGUUGCCGAGACUGGCGGUACGGCCACACUGUUCGUCCGUAACCUGAAUUUCUCCACCAACAACGCUGUCUUGACGGAGACCUUCAAACCACUUGAUGGAUUCUUGUCUGCGCGAGUCAAGACAAGGACCGAUCCUAAACGACCAGGAGAGAUCCUCAGCAUGGGAUUUGGCUUUCUCGAGUUCGCCAGUGCCAGGCAAGCACAGGCUGCAUUGUCAGUCAUGGACGGCUACUCACUCGAGGGUCACAAGCUGCAAAUACGGGCAAGCCACAAAGGCGCCGACGCGGCCGAGGAGCGAAAGAAAGCAGACGCUGCGAAGAAAGCCGCUGGGCGAGGGACCAAGCUUCUCAUCAAAAACCUGCCGUUUGAAGCCACCAAAAAGGAUGUUCGCGCUCUGUUUGGUGCUUACGGGCAAUUGCGCAGUGUCCGCGUGCCAAAGAAGAUGAACAGUGCCGCUCGUGGAUUUGCAUUCGCAGACUUCACAACUGUCAAGGAGGCACAGAGCGCCAUGGAAGCUCUCCGCGACACGCAUUUGCUCGGACGCCGUCUCGUCAUCGACUUCGCUUCUGAGGAUCCUGAAGACGCCGAAGCCGAGAUCGAGAAGAUGCAGCAAAAGGUCGGAGCACAGGUCAACAAGGUCGCUCUGCAGAAGCUCACAAGUGGCGGACGCAAGAAGUUCACCACCCAGGCCGAGGACGACGAUGCUUAG